AGCCUGACACAUUCUUUGCUGUUCUCUAGAUGAUGACAUCACUUCCUGUGGGUAUGUGCUCCUCAGGUGGUGACCCUGUGGUACAGAGCUCCGGAGGUCCUGCUACACUCCGGCUACAUGUCCUCCGUGGACAUGUGGAGCACUGGCUGCAUCUUCGCUGAGCUCUUCCUCCUCAGACCCUUGUUUUGCGGCUAUUCUGACAUACAGCAGCUCCAGAAAAUCAUAGAUGUGAUCGGCCUGCCUGCACAGGAGGACUGGCCUACCGAGAGCCCCACCCCGUACCCUGCCAACUGGAAGAGUGGUAAUACCUUAAAUCAGCUGCUGCCGAACUUGCACCAGGAAGAGAGGGACUUGCUCUUACAGUUUCUGGCCUUUAACCCAUCCAAGCGUGUCUCAGCCUUUGAGGCUUUGAGACACACCUUCCUGGCUGAGCAGUAGCACCGCUACCCAGGGACCCUAUGGCUGCUGAAGAGCUGGCGGAAUAGCGGUUAAUUCACGGCGGUACCUUCGCUCGAAGGAGAUGAGGACUGUUGCCAGUUGUUCACUUCAAUAAAAGUGUUAUUUCCUUUGUGAA